ACCACCUAGGUGUCGAUGUUUGGUAUCGCGCACGCAGUCUUUGAAGCAGUGUGUCUUCUGUCCUUGGUCGACGAACAGGCUGGACGGCGGCGUCGUUUCACGGCGAAGGUGAAGACGCGAAUAUCCGCGACCACGACGGCUCUCUUUUCCUCAACCCUGCCCCGACUUUUUAGGCGGAGGCAGCCGGGCUGAAAUGUGAGCAGGCGGACCGCCGGUGGAGCCCCCGCGGAUGGAUGAGACCGCAGCGCCGCGUUGAUGCGGCAGCGAGCCUUCCAACACACCGCAGGACAUCAGCCGCUAGUGUUUGUGCGAGGAAUCCGGUUUUCGCGAGGAACAAAAUAGCCGCCCUCUACCGGCUUUAAGAAUGGCAGCCGUGGUCAACUACUCGCCGCCCUGGUGGGUCAACCUGCUCCACCGCUUGCCUCAUUUCAACCUGGACUUCCAGAUGGUCAGCAGCGACUUCCGGCCCGAAGACCCCGAGUAUCAGAAGUCGGUGCUGCUGCUGGGGGCCGUGGCCCUGCUGUGUUUGGGCCUGGACCUCCUCUUCCUCCUCUUCUACUCCUUCUGGCUUUGUUGCCGCCGCCGCAAGAGCGGCGAGUCCUCGCACUCCCACACGCACUCCCAGCAGCCCAGCGCCGACUGCUGCUGCACCGCCUGGUGCGUCAUCAUCGCCACCCUUGUCUGCAGCGCCGGCAUCGCGGUGGGUUUCUACGGAAACGGGGAGUCGAGCGAUGGCGCCAGCCGCCUGGCCUACUCCCUGCGCCACGCCAACCGCACCGUGUCCGGGAUCGAGAAACUGGUGUCGGACAGCGCUCUGGCGCUCAACCAGACUGUGGAGGAGAACCUGGUCCAGCUGGAGACGGCCUACAAGGAGCAGACGGACUACCUGUCCGUGGUCCAGAAGCUGCAGGGACAGCUGGACGAGCUGGUGAAGCUGAUGGUGGACAUCCCUUUCUGGUCCAACACGCAGAUUUCUCUGGAGGACAUGGCCAGCCAGACGGAGGCUUUUGACUUCUACAGGUGGUUGGGUUACCUGGGCUUGCUGCUGUUUGAUGUCCUCAUUUGUCUCCUGGUGCUCUUUGGCCUGAUCCGGAACUCCCGGGGAACUCUGAUCGGCGUGUGUCUGCUGGGGGUGCUGACACUCGUCGUCAGCUGGGGGUCUCUGGGCCUGGAACUGGCUGUCGCUGCGUCGACCAGCGACUUCUGCGAUUCGCCCGACGCCUACAUCGCCCGGGCGACCAAGGAGAACGCCGUCAUCAAUCAAGACGUCUUGCAGUACUACCUGAGGUGCAGCCCCGGCCAGGUCAACCCAUUCCAGCAGAGGCUGUCUGGGAGUCACAAGGCGUUGGUGGAGAUGCAGGACGAUGUGGCCGAGCUGCUGCGGUCUGCCACGCGGGACUAUGCCAACACAAAGGGGACUCUGGAGCAGAUCCAGUUCGUGCUGAACUCCACCGAGGUCGGCCUCCACCAGCUGACGGCGCUGGUGGACUGUCGCAGCCUGCACAUGGAUUACGUGCAGGCGCUGACGGGCCUGUGCUACGACGGCGUGGAGGGCCUCAUCUACCUGGUGCUCUUCUCCUUCGUCACCGCCCUCAUGUUCUCUUCCAUCGUGUGCAGCGUGCCGCACACCUGGCCUGGCAAGAGGACGGACGAGGAGGACGGCGAGGACGAGUCGGGCGCCUCGCGGGGCGGCGUUCACGAUAACCUGUACCGCGUUCACAUGCCCAGUCUCUACAGCUGUGGCUCCAGCUACGGUAGCGAAGCUAGCCUGCCCGCCACCGCCCACACCGUCAGCAAUGCCCCCGUCACUGAAUACAUGAACCAGAACGCAAACUUUCAGAACCCGCGGUGUGAGAACACCCCCUUGAUUGGCAGGGAGUCCCCUCCACCCUCUUACACCUCCAGUAUGAGAGCCAAGUACCUGGCCACCAACCGUCCGGACCAGAACCGCCGCUCCGUCCCCAACGACCAGCUGGACCCCGCCAGCCGGCCGCACGCCACCGCCCGACCACAGUCCUCGGUCCACUAGGGACCAGAACGGCUGAAAGAAGGGUUCCGUUCUCAACAACAGAGCCCGAACUCAACCGACGGACGACAAGAAGCACACUUUUGUCCACUUAACUUAAACACAACGCGCCUUGGCUCCUCCCCCUUACAACUUGCAAACCACUAGGCUCCGCCCACUGCCCCCUGGUGGACACACUCCCACACUGUACAAAGAUGUACAUAAUAACGUGCUGUGCCGUGCACUUCAUUACUCUAGCUCUUAAACACACAUUGUGAAGAAAUAAUAAUAAUAAUAAUAAUAUCAGAAUCAUCCAUCCAUCCAUUUUCUACCGCUUGUCCCUUUUGGGGUAGCGGGGGGUCGCUGGAGUCUAUCUUAGCUGCACCUCAUCGCAGGGCUAAUAAUACAAAUUAUGCAAAUUUUAAAAAAAAACCUUGUUGUGAAAAAUUAGUUGGAAUUUCACACGAAAAAGGUCAAAAUUUUACAAGAAAAACUUAAAAAAACUUUAUUAGAAUAAAAGUCGUAAUUUUAGUCAACGCAAUUCAAAAUUUUACAAGGAAAAUUUUUUCAAAUGCUGACUUUUGUCAUAAUUUUGCCAAGUAAAAUUCAGAUUAUUAUUACAAUAUUGCCAAAAACUUUCAAGUUGUCUUAUGAAAUUGUGACAUUUGUCGAGUAAAAUUACAAUUCUUUUCAUAAAGAGAAAAAAAAAAGGUCACAAUUUCACAAGAAAUAGUUAGAAUGUUGGGGUUGUUACAAUUAAAGUCGUAAUUUUAGCCAACGCAAUUCAAAAUUUUACAAAGAAAAUUUUUGAUUAAAAUGCUGACUUUUGUCAUAUUUUGCCAAGUAAAAUUCAGAUUAUUACAAUAUUGCCAAAAACUUUCAAGUUGUCUUAUGAAAUUGUGACUUUUGUCGAGUAAAAUUACGACUCUUUUCAUAAAGAGAAAAGAAAAAGGUCACAAUUUCACAAGAAAAAAUUUGAAUUUUGGGGUUAUUACAAUAAAAGUUGUAAUUUUAGUCAACGCAAGUCAAAAUUUUACAAGAAAAACUUUGAAUUUUGGCGGUAUUAGAAUAAAAGUCAUAAUUUUAGUCAACGCAAUUCGAAAUUUUCCAAGGAAAAUUUUUGAGUAAAAUGCUGACUUUUGUCAUAAUUUUGGCUAGUAAAAUUCAGAUUAUUAUUACAAUAUUGCCAAAAAUGUUCAAGUUGUCUUAUGAAAUUGUGACUUUUGUCGAGUAAAAUUAUGACUCUUUUCAUAAAGAGAAAAGAAAAAGGUCACAAUUUCACAAGAAAAAGUUCGAAUUUUGAAGUUAUUACAAUUAAAGUCGUAAUUUUAGUCAACACAAGUCAAAAUUUUACAAGAAAAACUUAAAAUUUUGACAGUAUUAGAAUAAAAGUUAUAGUUUUAGUCAACGCAAUUCAAAAUUUUACAAGGAACAUUUUUGAGUAAAAUAAUGACUUUUGUCAUAAUUUUGCCAAGUAAAAUUCAGAUUAUUAUUACAAUGUUGCCAAAAAUGUUCAAGUUGUCUUAUGAAAUUGUGACUUUUUUCGAGUAAAAUUACGACUGUUUUCAUAAAAAGAAAAGAAAAAGGUCACAAUUUUACAAGAAAAAGUUAGCAUUUUGGGGUUGUUACAAUUAAAGUCGUAAUUUCAGUCGACGCAAGUCAAAAUUUUACUGGAAAAACUUAUAAUUUUGGUGGUAUUAGAAUAAACGUCAUAAUUUUAGUCAAUUCAAGUCAAAAUUUUACAACAAAAACUGAACAUGUGUGCAGUAUUAUGAUAAAAGUUGGAAUUUUACUCAAUAACAGUCGCAAUUUUACAAGAAAAGCUUAAAAUGUGGGGAAUUUUAUGAAGAGUCGUAAUUUUACUUGACAAAAUUCACAAUUUCAUGAGAAAACUGACAUUUUGGCAAUAUUGUAAUGAUUAAAUUUGACUUGGCAAAAUUAUGAUACAUUUCGAAUUGCAUUGACUAAAAUGACGACUUUUAUUCUAAUACCGCCAAAGUUCUAAGUUUUUCUUGUAAAAUGUUGAAUUGGGUUGACUAGAAUUACGACUUUUAUUCUAAUAGCGCCAAAAUUCCAAGUUUUUCUUGUAAAAUUUUGAAUUGCGUUGACUAAAAUUACGAUUUUUCUUCUUAUAGUGCCAAAAUUCGAAGUUUUUCUUGUAAAAAUUACAAUUGCGUUGACUAAAACAUGACUUUUAUUCUAAUACCGCCAAAAUUGUAAGUUUUUCUCGUAAAAUGUUGAAUUGCGUUGACUAAAAUUAUGACUUUUAUUCUAAGACCGCCAAAAUUCAAAGUUUUUCUUGUAAAAUUUUGAAUUGCGUUGACUAAAAUUAUGACUUUUGUUCUAAUACCGCCAAAAUUCAAAUUUUUUCUUGUAAAAUCUUGAAUUGCAUUGACUAAAAAUUUGACUUUUAUUCUAAUAGCGCCAAAAUUCAAAGUUUUUGUUGUAAAAUUUUGAAUUGCGUUGACUAAAAAUACGACUUUUAUUAUAAUACUGCCAAAAUUCUAAUUUUUUCUUGUAAAAUCUUGAAUUGCAUUGACUAAAAAUUCGACUUUUAUUCUAAUAGCGCCAAAAUUCUAAGUUUUUGUUGUAAAAUUUUGAAUUGCGUUGACUAAAAAUACGACUUUUAUUAUAAUACUGCCAAAAUUCUAAUUUUUUCUUGUAAAAUCUUGAAUCGCGUUGAUUAAAAUUACGACUUUUAUUACAAUACCGCCAAAAUUCUAAGUUUUUCUUGUAAAAUUUUGAAUUGCAUUGACUAAAAUUAUGACUUUUGUUCUAAUAGCGCCAAAAUUCUAAGUUUUUCUUGUAAAAUCUUGAAUUGCGUUGCCUAAAAUUAUGAGUUUUAUUCUAAAAGCGCCAAAAUUCUAAGUUUUUCUUGUAAAAUUUUGAAUUGCGUUGACUAAAAUUAUGACUUUAGUUCUAAUACCGCCAAAAUUACAAGUUUUUCUUGUGAAAUUGUGACCUUUUCUUCUGAAAUUCGUACUCAUUUUUCACAACAAGCUUUUUUAUAUUUGCAUAGUAUGUGUGUAUUAGCCCUGCGACUAGGGGGCGAUUUGUCCAAGGUGUACCCCGCCUUCCGCCCGAAUGCAACUGAGAUAGGUUCCAGCGACCCCAAAAGGGACAAGCGGUAGAAAAAGGAUGGAUGGAUGGAAUAAUAAUAAUAAUAAUAAUAAUAAUAAUAUGACGUUUAGCUAGAAUCUAACUUCAAACAUGGACUUUUUCCAGGAAUUCUUUGGAUUUCAGCACUUGAAGGACACACAAAAAAAAAAAAGGUGCCAAAACAAACAAAGGAUGCCUGACUCUGUGGGAGAAGAGAUGCUUAUUUGUCGCCUCGAAAUAACGACAACAAAUGUCAUCGUACGACGACAACGAGGGAAGACGGGAAAACAGGAGGUGUUUGCUCGGUGCUACGUGAGUAACGUUUUCCAGUCAUUUUUUUUUUUUUUAGCCUAGGACUAAAUAUUGGACGUUUACAAAAAGUGAUACUGUGACAAACUUUUACCGACUUUUUUAUUGUUUAGUUUUUUUUACGUCCUCAGAAGCACAAGUUUUUCUUCUGCUAAUGUACAGCCUGUGUAAAAACUACGCUAGCGUGUGAGACGGGUUAGCUUACGCCCCUUUUGUUGACAUUAUCGCUUUGACGUCGCGCGUCAACAUGCUAGGAAAAAUAUAACGACUAAAGGCUGUAAUGUGCAUGCCAGACCAGUAGUUGGCGAUGUUAUUUAGUAAAGCUUUUUUUUUUAUGCGACAUGGCUUGCUAACGCAGCUGCGCACAUUAGCAAUUGCAUUAUAUGUCAAGUGUAGUUCGUAAACGCUACUACCGUCUUCCGAUGUUUUUGACUAAACACACUUCGUUUUUAGCGUUCCUAUGACAAAAGUAAAUUAUCGGGUUUUUAGGAAAUGUGGUACUUGUAUGUAAACAAAUGUCCAAAACUACUAAGUUUUAGUCGUUCAUUUUAGUCGAGUGAGCAUUUGUGUCGUAGCUGCCAACAAUUACGACGUUAAAGCGUUACAACAUUUCGAUCCAACGACCACUUCUCAUAUUAGCGAGACGAUCUCGUCUGAUUCUUUCGGAACAUGUUCGACGCUAAGAACAGUGUUCGACGCUAAGAACCGUGUUCUUGCGCUUUGGAUGCGUUAAAAGUUCGUACAAAAUGCAAUUUAAUGUUCCACCGUUACUGUGUAAAAGUUUUCACAGUUUUUUGUUUUUAGCGUUCAUAUGACAAAAGUACAUUUAUCGGAGUUUAGGAAAUGUGCUACUUGUAUACCAACAAAUGUCCAAAACUACUACAUUUUAGUCGAAUUAGCAUUUGUGUCGUAGCUGCCAACAAUUACGACGUUACAGCGUUACAACAUUUCGAUCCAACGACCACUUCUCAUAUUAGCGAGACGAUCUCGUCUGAUUCUUUCGGAACAUGUUCAACGCUAAGAACAGUGUUCUUGCGCUUUGGACGCGUUAAAAGUUUGUACAAAAUGCGAUGCAAUGUUCCACCGUUAAAGUUUUCACAGUUUUUGGUUUUUAGCGUUCCUAUGACAAAAGUAAAUUUAUCGGGUUUUAGGAAAUGUGGUACUUGUAUAUAAACAUAUGUCCAAAACUACUAAGUUUUAGUCGUUCAUUUUAGUCGAGUUAGCAUUUGUGUCGUAGCUGCCAACAAUUACGACGUUACAGCGUUACAUUUCGAUCCAAUGACCACUUCUCAUAUUAGUGAGACAAUCUCGUCUGAUUCUUUCGGAACAUGAUCGACGCCCUGAACAGUGUUCUUGCGCUUUGGAUGCGUUAAAAUUUUGUACAAAAUGCGAUGCAAUGUUCCACCGUUACUGUGUAAAAGUUUUCACAGUUUUUCGUUUUUAGUGUUCCUAUGACAAAAGUACAUCUAUCGGGUUUUUCGGAAGUGCGCUACUUGUAUGUAAAUAAAUGUCCAAAAAUACUAAGUUUUAGUCGUUCAUUUUGGUCGAGUGAGCAUUUGUGUCGUAGCUGCCAACAAUUACGACGUUACAGCGCUACAACAUUUCGAUCCAACGACCACUUCUCAUAUUAGCGAGACGAUCUCGUCUGAUUCUUUCGGAACAUGUUCGACGCUAAGAACAGUGUUCUUGCGCUUUGGAUGCGUUAAAAGUUCGUACAAAAUGCGAUGCAAUGUUCCACCUUUACUGUGUAAAAGUUUUCACAGUUUUUUGUUUUUAGUGUUCCUAUGACAAAAGUAAAUCUAUCGGGUUUUUAGGAAGUGCUCUACUUUUAUGUAAACAAAUGUCCAAAACUACUAAAUUCUAGUCGUUCAUUUUAGUCGAAUUAGCAUUUGUGUCUUAGCUGCCAACAACUGCGACGUUACAGCACUACAACAUUUUAAUCCAACGACCACUUCUCAUAUUAGCGAGAUGAUCUUGUCUGAUUCUUUCGGAACAUGUUCCACAGUAAGACUGCAACUAGCCGUACUGCAAGUGUUCUUGCGCUUCGGAUGCGUUAAAAGUUCGUUCAAAAUGCGAUGCAAUGUUCCACCGUUACUGUGUAAAAGUUUUCACAGUUUUUCGUUUUUAGCGUUCCUAUGACAAAAGUAAAUUUAUCGGGUUUUAGAAAAUGUGCUACCUGUAUACAAACAAAUGUCCAAAACUACUACGUUUUAGUCGUUCAUUUUAGUCGAGUGAGCCUUUGUGUCGUAGCUGCCAACAAUUACGACGUUGCAGCGUUCUAACAUUUCGAUCCAAUUUCCACUUCUCAUAUUAGCGAGACGAUCUCGUCUCAUUCUUUUGGAACAUGUUCGACGCUAAGAACAGUGUUUUUGCGCUUUGGAUUCGUUAAAAGUUCGUACAAAAUGCGAUGCAAUGUUCCACCAUCCAUCCAUCAUCCAUCAUCUUCUGCUUAUCCGAGGUCGGGUCGGGUCGGGUCCAAUGACCACUUCUCAUAUUAGCGAGACAAUCUUGCCUGAUUCUUUCGGAACAUGUUCGACGCUAAGAACAGUGUUCUUGCGCUUUGGAUGGGUUAAAAGUUCGUACAAAAUGCGAUGCAAUGUUCCACCGUUACUGUGUAAAAGUUUACACAGUUUUUAGUUUUUAGUGUUUAAAUGGAAACCGUUUUUAUCACUUUUUUUGUAGUUAUUGGCAUUUUUGUCAUAGUAGUUCGCAGUUUUGUUCAGCAUUUCAACAUUUUAUUCAUCUAACGGCCACUUCUCAUGUUGGCAAGAUCGGAAAUUCUUUUCACGCUAACAUUACGACUUUUCGUGUUACAAGUGUGUUUUCACUUUGGAUGUGUUAAAUGUUCGUACAAAAUGCACAAACACGACAACCGCGAUGCACCAUUUUUGUGUAAGUUUUCACAUUUGACCUCGUUUAGCGUUUGAACGGAAACCGUAACACAAAUUCCACGUAACACAAAUUCCACUGUUAAUGUUUUUUAAUCACUUUUUCCCCCGAGUUGUUAGCAUUUACAUCAAAGUAGCUAACAGCUCCGAUGUUUCCGACAGAAUUUCAAAAAUAUAUUUCGCCCCCAUUGACCACUUAUCGUGUCAGCGAGAUCGGAACUUAUUUUUACGCUAACAUUACGACUAGCCGUGUUACAAGUGUCCUUUCACUUUGGACGUGUAAAAUAUUCGUACAAAAUACACAAACUCGACGACGAUACGAUAUUCCACCAUUUAUGUGUAAAUGAUUUCAAUUGUACCGUUUUUAUCGUUUUAACGGAAAUCGUGACAGGAAUUCCCUUUUGUUGCCGUUAACCGACAUUUUUGUUCUUUCAAGACGUACACGGGUUUUAAAACUCCCGCAUUUAGACCCAGACCGUUUUUUAUCUUUAAUUAAAAAAUCUCACUUACAUUUUUGUCAUGAAUGUUGGCAGCUACGUUGUUAAAGCUUUCGGAUUUUUUUCGAUAUUACACGGUUUAUGCUAACAAUGCUACUAGCUGUGCUAGCGCUAAAAUUAAAAAAAAAGUACACUUUAAGACGUUUGCUCCAAAAAUCCUGUUGUGUAAAAUGAGCUGCCAAAACGUUUUAUUUUAUUUUUUUAUAGCCCCUAGUUAGCACUUCAGUUAGUUAGCGAGACAAUCUGUAGUUUUAAGACAUUUUUAACGCUAACAGCGCUAUUAGCUGUGCUACAUGAGGAUGCUAAUGUCGAGAAAAAAAAAAAAAGGGAUCUGAAUGGAAAAGCCUUUCAUAAUGUUUUUAAAAAUGUCUCCUUUCUCAUAUUCAUAUCACCAACAUGUUUUUUUUUAAAUAACAACAAUAACGAUAAAGUCCCUGUCUCGUAACAAUGGACGUUAAAAAAUAAAAAUCGAUGUUUUUUUGUAAGAGAAUGACAUGAAUCAUCGUAACUUGAUUCCAGUGAAACACACACUAUUGUCUUUUAAGUCCUGCUCUCUUUCGUGUGUGUGUGUGUGUGUGUGUGUGUGUGUGUGUGUGGGUGUGUGCGUGCGCGCGCGCACCAGGACUUGAGGUGCACGGAAGUGUCCAAAUGUUAGCGAUGUUUUUUCUAUGGCUGUUUUUAUUUCCCAUGUCCGGAGUCCAAUAAGGAUGAUUAAUGAUGUAAAUGUCCAAAGUGUGGUAAUGAUAUCAUUCAAACUGGAAUACAUGUUGGAAAAAAAAAGGAAAUGCAAUUAAAGCAACUUUAACAACAUCAAA